CGAUCACGCACUGCCUAGUUGCCUGCUGUACAUCACCGUCAUCGUUAACCCGUCAGAGGUCGAUCGGUGAUGGCGGAAGCGCACAACGUCGUCAUAAUGAAGAACUACCACGGAGAUUUCUUAAACGACAAAAAGAGCACCCGCUACCCCUAUUCCAUCGUCUGGACUCCCAUUCCUAUUUUGUCGUGGGUGCUGCCUUUCAUCGGCCAUAUGGGGAUAUGCACCUCUUCCGGAAUCAUCAGAGAUUUUGCAGGAUCUUACUUUGUCUCGGAGGACAAUAUGGGUUUCGGGAGACCAACAAAGUACUGGAAGCUUGAUGUUAACAAAGUGCGUGGCAAUGGUGCUGCGACUUGGGACAAAGCAGUAUAUGAUGCAUCUGAGGAAUACAAAAGCAGGCAGCACAACCUGUGUUUUGAUAACUGCCAUUCCCACGUCGCCAUGGCCCUCAAUUUAAUGCGCUAUGACAACAGCUCCUCUUGGAACAUGAUCAACUUGUGCUUUGGAUCCCUCAUUCAUGGCAAAUAUGUGAGUUGGUCCGCGUUCCUCAAGACCUGGCUACCCUUCAUCAUUCUCUCCGUUGUAAUCGGCAUGGUCGUCCUAACAUUCAACCUUCAGUAAUACACUACACCAGGAGACACAUUUAUAACAAUUUCUUUGACACAUCUUAUGUUUGAUUGAGAUUUUGGCAGUGGUGAUUUGUAUGCUGUAAAGUAUUGCAAGCAAAUGUUAGAUUCUUUUCUGCUCGGGCUCUUUGAUGUUAUGCUGAGUUUAACAUGUAUUUUUCAUAAUGAACGUGUUUCCAGACCGGCUAAUGUGCAUUCCAGUGAUGAAGAAAGGAAAUGACAAUGUGUAUCGCGAUACAAUCUCAAUGCUGAAAGUAUUCAUCAGUUAUUAAAGAAAGUAGGUGAUACAAAGCGCUGCAAAGACAGAAGGAUGAAUGACCCAUUUGAAGGAAAAAUGACCCUGAGUAGAUAAAUGUGUUUAUUGUAUUUUUUUUUUUUUUUUUUAAGGUAGGAUGCAUAUUUUGUUCAAUGCUUAGAGACUGUAUAGCUUCAUUCAGGAAUGUAAUUUUAGCAUCAAACAAGCAAAAUACGUUUGUAUGUGUAUUACAAUGUGGCUGCUCUGAUUGUCCGCUGUAGCUUUAAGGGGACUACACACAUUUUUUCAUCCAGCAGAUUCUGCAAUACAAGCUCUGCCAUCAAUUUACAAGACCCUUUAUUCCCAGAGUGCAGCAGAUGAGGAGGGACUAUUGCUCGGGAGCUUUUUACUCAUGUUGGCAUUACUUUGUGAGAUCCGCUGCAUUAAAAUAUAGACUGUCUUUA